CAUCCCUCUCUUCCUGUCUUUCUCUAUCUGCAAACCUAUUCUUAGACUGUGCAUCAUUCGCCAACUCCUUCAUCACAAACCACAACAAACCGCAUACCAUGACGAAAACGAAGGAAAAUAAAGAAAGCAAACCGAGAAGGAGAAAGGCCAAGGAUAUGAAAAGAAUCCCCUCAAAGGGAGAGAGCGAAAAAUUUCCAUCCUUCCGGACAGCGGUCCGUUCUUUCCCGGAGGUGUCGGAUUUCCGGCUGAGCAAUGGCCGCUGUUCGCCUUCUCCAAGCAUCAUCAUCAUCAUCAUCUCCGUCCUCAUUCUUCAACAUCUCCAUUGUCUUCCUCUUCUCUAUCAUCUUCUUCAUCACUUUCCCUCCCAUGGCUUUCUCUAUACCCGAUACUGACGCUCUCCUCAAGCUCAAGGAAUCCUUCAUCAAUGCCGACACACUUGACACUUGGUCCUCUGAUUCCAAACCUUGUGCGGAUGACACUCCUUGGACAGGCGUCCUCUGCUUCAAGGGCAUCAUCAUCGGCCUUCGCCUUGGUCGAAUGGGUCUUUCCGGCAAAAUCGACGUCGAUGCCCUCAUCGAGAUCCCCGAAAUUCGCAGUCUCAGCUUCAUAAGCAACAACUUCACUGGCUCCAUCCCGGAGUUCAAUCGCCUCGGUGCUCUCAAGGCUAUCUACUUGUCCGGCAACAAGUUUUCCGGAGAGAUCCCAUCUCAUUUCUUCUCCACGAUGGGGUCCUUGAAGAAGAUCUGGCUUAAUCAGAAUGCAUUCACAGGGAAAAUCCCAACCUCCCUGGUCUCUCUUACCCAUCCCAUUGAGAUUCAUCUCGAGGACAAUAAAUUUUCAGGCACGAUCCCAUCCAUCGAACAGACAAGUCUGAAAUCCUUCAACGCCUCCAACAACAAUUUGAAAGGAGAAAUCCCCGCGUCCCUAUCAAAAUUCAACCAAAGUUGUUUUGCAGGGAACGAUGAUCUCUGUGGGACCCAAUUGGGCAAGGAUUGUGAGGCCAAGAAACCAACGGCAGCGGCAGCGCAAGCGCAGACAUCAAAAACGACGGAGACUCCAACGGUGCAUCAUUCGUCAUCCGGCAACAGCGUGGCAGUUGCCGUAGGUACAUUGGCUGCGGUGAUCCUUUUACUGGUGGCGGCGGCCAUAGUGGUGGGAAGACGAAGGGAGGAGGAGUUCGACGUGUUGGGUAGAGAGAACCUGGAUGCCGUGGAAUUGCAUGUCUCAUCGUCGGCCUCUAGCCGCCGAAAAGGUAUGGGAUCUAGCCGCAAAGGUUCUGGGUCUAGCAGAAGAGGAACACAACACGGAAAGGGCGGAAACGGGAUGGGAGACUUGGUGUUGGUGAACACUGAGAAGGGUGUAUUUGGACUCCCUGACUUGAUGAAGGCAGCGGCCGAGGUCUUGGGAAAUGGAGGUUUGGGAUCUUCCUAUAAGGCAGUCAUGGCCAAUGGGGUGGCCGUAGUGGUGAAGAGAAUGAGAGAGAUUAAUAGAGUUGGGAGAGAUGCUUUCGAUGCAGAGAUCAAGCGACUCGGGAGACUACGACAUCCUAACAUCUUGACGCCAUUGGCUUACCAUUUUCGCAAAGAUGAGAAGCUUUUGGUAUACGAAUACAUUCCCAAAGGAAGCUUGUUGUAUCUCUUGCAUGGUGAUCGUGGACCUUGUCAUGCGGAGCUUGACUGGCCAGCCCGUCUAAAGAUUGUGCAAGGCAUUGCGAGAGGAAUGGGUUAUCUACACACCCAACUGGGUUCACUGGAGCUCCCACACGGCAAUCUCAAGUCAAGUAAUGUGUUGCUUGGACAAGAUUAUCAGCCAUUGCUUGCAGAUUACGGCUAUUGCUCGCUGGUGAACCCGACCCAAGCCGCCCAAUCCAUGUUCGCGUACAAGACACCCGAAUCUUUACAAUACCACCUUGUGUCCACCAAAUGUGAUGUCUAUUGCCUUGGAAUUAUAAUUCUCGAGAUAAUCACCGGCAAAUUCCCUUCUCAAUAUCUAAACCACGGUAAGGGUGGCACCGAUGUCGUGCAAUGGGUCCAAACAGCGAUGUUAGAGAAGAGAGAAGCCGAGUUGUUCGAUCCUGAGAUUGCAGGCUCGAGGAGAUCUCUCGGGGAGAUGGAGCGGCUACUCCACAUCGGUGCGGCCUGCACAGAGCAGAGCCCUGAGCAACGACCUGACAUGAAAGAAGCCAUUAGGAGGAUAGAAGAGAUACAAGUGGAAGGAGGUCAGGAAGGUGGUGGUGGUGAUGAUAGAGUGAUUCAGAUGACUCCAUCUUUGAGAGACGGAUAUGCCGACCAGUCCUCCCAUGCCAUGAAUGUGCGUGAGGGUUAUAAUGAUCACUCGUCAAGGCAGUCUGGCCAGGACUUUGGAGAUCGAACAGGACGAAGCAAUGGUGAUAGCUUCGCUUUUGCCAUUUCAUAACUCUCAUUGCUGCCGCAUAAUGAGACACGGCAUUUCUAAUUGUAAAACAAAUAGACCAAGAAAAAAAAAUCUAAUCUUUUCUUUAUAUUGCUCUGUAAUUUUUUGUGCAAUGACCCCCCAAAAAAAAUCUUCAGUUCUUGGGGGGCAAAAACUUUUUGUGCCUUUUGGGAUUUGAUGGUUGAUGAUAAGUUGGGAAAGAGGCAUUAGUGGGCAAUGAUUUUCAUCAAUGGCUGAUGAUGAACCAAAAACUGUAACACAUGAGGGAGUUGGUUUCACUCCCAACCUAAGAGGAAAUACUUGAAUGUGGCUAAAGAUAUAAGCAGAAACUGGGAAAAAGAGGCAAGUGUUUGGGAAAAAUUUGAGCGUCUAUGUAAUUAGGCGAAAAAUUAGAUUGCUAGGCUGAGAUUAACAAAAAGAUUUGAGAUUGGGAUUGGGAUUGUGGGGAUUUGAUGUUACAUGGAGGAGGUGAAAGAAGUAUUAUGGUUGCUUAAUUGUUUAGCCUUUGCUUGUGGGAUGCUCCUGUAUUUUGAUAUUUUGGGUUCUGUUCUUUUUUUCUUUCUUUCAUAUCCCCUUUUCUUAUUUCGUUUUCUUUCCUUCUUCUCUUUAAAAGGAAGUUUAUUUGUAAGUUGCAUUCAUGAGUUCUUGUAUGUACAGGUCAAAUGUAAUAUUCUCACUUCUGUAAUAGUAAAGAAAUUCCAUCUUCUAAGACAGCC